UUGUUGUUUACCUGUAGCGAAAGUUAAUCACAACCUUCACAACAUCCUGCAUCUGUCAACAUGCUUGCCCAUGUUAUUUUUAUUUUAUUUUUUUUGCAUACAGUAUGCUGCGGACGACAUGCGCCACAAUGGUGUUCCGAUCCCAAUAUGUUUGAUUAAACACUGGCAAUAAAGCAUUUGUUUAUAUUUCAGUAGCAUGUAACAUUACAGUUCAAAAUACAAUGCAUCCACUUCAAAUCCCCCUUUGUGAGACCAACAUAUAGACCCUGUAGUAUUACAGCACAUCCACCUCAAAGUCAUCUUAAGGCAUCAGAGCCAUGAGCGGCAGUGGCGACAAUGACAUGGAUGCACAGUGACCUCAUGCAGGAAAUACAACCACCACCACCAUAAAGCAAAUGCAGACAUCAUUCCUACCAGGGAGAGGAACACAGAUACCAUCACAGGCUUCCAUUGACCAAACCAAUUGUUGAGAAUUUGAUCGGAGGGAUUGUCAAGUCUGGAAUUAUUUGAGCAUUUCAUUGGAUAACGUACGCAGACCUUCCAGCGCCCGAGUCUCCCUCGCCAUGGCGGCUCCUCGUCAGGUGACGCGGACUCUGUCCUCCGGUCAGCUGCAAGCUCUGAUGCAGCACAAACAGCAGGCCAUCAUCCUCCACCAGCAUCAUCUCAAAGAGUUUUACAAGAAACAGCAGCAGAUCAACACGCAGUUGCUUCAGCAGCAGCCGGCAAAGAAAAGCAAAGAGCUCCUCGCACAGCAGCUGGCGCUCCAGCAGCUCCUGCACAUCCAACAGCAUCUUCAUUUUCAGCAUCAGCAGUCAGUCUGUUCCUCUGCAGCUAAUAUCAGCUCUGUGGAGUCAAAGCACGUUUGGAAGGAGAUGACGGCAGAAGAAGAAGACGAAAACACCAAGUGCGAUCAUAACGGCGCUGAUAAAAAGAAGACAAUUGAUGAGAGACAGACGCGCGACCUCCUGUCAUGUUGUCCUCAAAAUUGCUCAAGUGAAGCUGACUUAACGACGAUAAAUGUCCUCUACGGUCACGGCGUGUGCAACUGGCCAGGGUGUGAGUCCAUCUGCCAAAACUACAGCAAGUUUGUAAAGCACAUGCACUGCGAGCACACACUGGAUGACAGAAGUGCAGCUCAGUGCCGAGUCCAGAUGCAAGUGGUUCAUCAGUUGGAGAUUCAGCUCCUCAAAGAACGAGAGCGUCUGCGAGCGAUGACUGCUCACCUUCAGCUGACGCCCACUGCAGAAUCCAACUCUGCACCCACGGGAUCGCAUUUGACCCCACGAGACACGUCAGUCGACCCGCUCUGUCCUCAGUCCAGCUCGGUCACCUGCAACUCGCCCUCGCUGAGUCCUCCUCACCUUCUGGCCCCCGUCGCCGCCCCGCUGCAGGAAGGACCCCCUCGUACGUCGUGUGCUGGGGCCAUGAGACACCGCCAUCACCGGUUGGCCUACUCAUCAGAAAAAGAACAUGAUCUCUCCAAGAACGCUGACAUCAGACCACCUUUUACAUACGCAACCUUAAUAAGACAGGCCAUCCUAGAAUCAGCAGACACAGAGCUAACACUAAACGAGAUCUAUACUUGGUUCACGAGGACCUUCGCCUUUUUCCGCCGCAAUGCCGCAACGUGGAAGGCUGGUAAAAAUGUAGUCUUUAAGAAUAACACAGUACAUGUCACAUGUUCUGGGUCAGAAUGCUGUGCGCCACAACCUGAGCUUGCACAGAUGCUUCGUGCGCGUGGAGAACGCGAAAGGCGGCGUGUGGACGGUGGACGAGGCGGAAUACCAGCGGCGGAGAUCCCAGAAGAUGGCGGGGAGUCCACUAUUGAUGGACCUCGGGUCCGUUUUGAACGCCAGCUUACAGACGACAUUUACAGACGCAGCAUCGCCGGGUUUCAAGUGCGGCAAUGGAAAAAGUUUGGAGUCGCCCGCACAACUGUGUCAUUUGAACAUGUUACACACUCACCAUCGAGAAUCCGUGAUGGGAAACAAUGGCGGUCCGCAACUUGACGGGACUCGAAUCAACGACAAAGACUUGCUGUGACUCCUCAGACUCACACACUGCAACAUUACGAUUCAAGUCAUUACCCACAAAAACAUUGGGUGUAUAGUACAGUCUACAUGAUGUGUGUGUGUGUGUGUGGAGGGGGGACUCGUUAUGGUAUCAACUGUGGAAAUCUUCUGUACUGCUUCUGAGUCUUGAAUGAUCAUCACAUGCAUGUUUUGGGGAUGUGUGAGAAAGUACUUUUGAUUCUAAUUACUCCUUGGAGGUGGAAAGCAGUAGUUUCACUUUUAUUUGUGUUAUUGUUGUCGUCUCUUGUUGUGUGAUGUACUGUAUCUCAUUAGUGUCCUUAAUAAACUGUUUGAUC